UGUUUCAGCGAACACUUUCAAAAAUUUUUAAAGAUUGCCUGUGGCAGAUAUCACAAUUCUAGUUUAUGAGCCGGUCUACUCAAAGCGGCGGCUACUUGCACAAGAAAAUGAAAUGAAAAAUUGACUAGUUAACAAGAAUUCCCUAAUUAACGUUCUAGCUAAUUAUCUUAUGACCCAUAUUGCAAUUUACAAAUUCUAGUAGUGGACUUUGCAAGGCAGAUUAUGCUUCAUGAUCAUGAUACCCCGUAUCAUGCUUCAGUGCAUGAUAGGGGGUUUUGUUAACAAAUUAACUGGAACGCCAAUGCAUUACUCCGCAAAGUUUGGGAAUUUAUAUCUCGAAACUGGUGUCAUCUUGAAAGUUCAUUCCAAGUGGAACCGCCUCGCGAAUGCCGCAGCUGGAAUUUGUAAAUUGCAAUUUGGGCCAUAAUAUAAUUAUUUAAUUCAUGUUUAUUUAUUAGUCGAUUUUGCAUAUCAAUUUUUUGUGCAAGUAUUGUCCACCGCUUCGAGUAGAUCAGCUCAUGAACUAGAAUUGUGACAUCUGCUACAGGCAACUCUCAAAGAUUUUUGAAAGUGUUCGCUGAAACACUCUACAUAUAUUGUUCGACCAACGCAACCAUUGGUGACUGUUUCUUUGUUACCAACUUGGUUGUGCUUGACUUCUGCUACUCAUCAGUGUGAAGGCCACCUAACCCUUCCAUAACCUCACAGCCUUCAAAGGUGCUUGGUGGAAGUUCCUGUGUGCUCAAGGGCGUGAUAUUAAACAGCAGUUUGCAUGCGUGUUGUACAAUACUCUCCAGUUUUCUUUGUAAAAUGUGUUAUGACACUGAUCGAAAAAGAAUGACAUUACUGUCUUGCUUCUAGCACAUUGCAUUGACAGCCCUAGGUACAUUACACAGCACCUAGCGUGCGAUUGCAGAAUAAUUAUGAAAUCAGUAGCAGAUUGCUGAAUCCUCAAAAAGGAAGUGUUAUAACCAUGUGCCAUUGCUUAAUUCUUUGUCUUUCUUAAUUGUGCCAUUUCCUAUGUGAACUUUUAGGUUCCAUGUUCGCUGUUUAAUAUAAUUUAGCCUGACACUUUUAUUUGUAACCUAUAUGUGCAUAUUAUUUUGGUGCUGCAGAAGAAUGCCAUUUCUUGCAUGUAGGACAGCAAAUUGCUGUAGCAUAAUAUAUUGCUAUUGGAUGUUUUUACCUCUUUUUGUUCAGAGAACAGUGUUAAAUGGGACAGGGACUAAAACGGGCAGACAGGUGCUACCUUCCAACUGACUUCAAUCAAGACUCUGUAAUCCUUACAAAUCUAAGAGAGAGAGAAAGAAAACACGACUGGAGGUAAACGAUGGCAUCCUUUAAGCCACUAGUGUAAUAUGAAACAGGUUGUGUCCACCCUCUGGUUGACACUGCAUCAGGACAUAUAUUCUAUGCCACUGCUUGUUUCGACAUCACAAACAAUGAGGUAGACAGUCAUAAGAAAUGUGCAAUUAGCCAAGACAAGUCCUAUGUAUAGAUAUUGUUAUGUGAGAUGUUUUGGCAACUCUGCACUCUUAAAAGUGAAGGCAUAGUUGGAGGUUGACAAUGCUUCACUAUUAGACGGGUCGGACCAUUUGAGCAAAUACAGGGAAAACAGGUUUGGUGUUUCGAACGGCCUGAAUGAUGUCUUGAUACGAGUGUUAUACUUCUGAAUGUGGACAUUCUGCCUUGUAAUACAAAGUUGUGCCAAGCAAAGUAUUGUUUUUGUAGAAAUUGUCAAUUUCUUGCAGAUCGAAAAAAAAGAAAACUGUUCGAAUUGAAAAUUUGAGUGAACAUAAGCUACAAAACUUCAUAUUCUUCACAUUCUUGCAUUGUAAAUUCUAGAGUGCAGAAGACUGGAGCUUGUUCAGCUCCUUUUUUUUUUCUUUGCAUGUCAGUGAAAGUGUAACAUGUAGUGAGCAUGCUUCUUUGCCAGUGUUUGUGCUUUUGAGAUUAUUGCUGUUAUAAGUCCAAAAGCUGGCACAGCUUUGUAGCUUUCCCACCUCUACUUAUCAUGGCACUUGAUGACACAUAAUGACACACAGAUGCUUAAUUACUUUUGUUAUGUACAUUUAUGUAACAGUUUCAGUAUUAUAGCAUCUUCAUGUAAGCAAAUGGGUGAUAGUUACCAGCCAGGUCAUACAGAGUUAGUACUGUCAUGCUGUGAAAGCUUAUUUAAAAAAAAGUUACAGUAUUCUUUGUCAUUUGAAAAUGUAGGUAACAGGACAUUCUCGUACAUCCCUCAUGGUUAUAGCAUCACAGGCAAACUUGACACAUUUGGCAAAUUUCUUUAGCUUGCGGUCUGCUCAUUUGAAGUUUUUCUAGAAGUGCUUGGUAAAAUGAAGUACUCACCUUGUGCAUACUUGCAUCAUGUGUUGCUACUGGAUAACUUUUUUUAGAGCUUUACCAGUGUGGUAGUCUGUGCCAUUGCCUGGCAGUAGAUGAAGCACCUAAUAUUGCUUACAAUUAAACUGCUGAAGUGAGCAUUAAGGCUGUACAACAGCUGAUGUUGGUAAAGUGACUGCAAGUGUACUUGAAACUGACGGACAGAAACCUGUCACUUCAACAGCAAGCUGGCUGCUUUGCACCAGAGUGAACAAUGGUGGUGUUACCGAGCACCGUGGUAGUGACUACUGUAGCAAAUUAAGUUUCUGAAGUGAUGUGUGGCGACCUCUUCACCUACUUAGCAGUGCAUUAGCAAAGUGUGCAUUGUAGUGGCAUCAACACUUUGUCCAUUGUAGUUGAUUUUGCUGUUUUUUAUAUGUAGUGGUAGCUGUGCAACUUUUGAUAAGACUGGGGGAAGACAUGCUGUGAAAGCAUUUGUACGCCCAUAGUAACAGCAUUGUGAGCUGCUGUCAAGUGCCUAUGGUCUCAUUUCGUUGGAGAAUUCUAGCUUGAUUUAUAUUCAAGUGCACCUGCACUCUUGUUGCUGUACUAUUGUCAUGCAGUAGUGCUGAAAUCUUGUGAAGCUUUGUUCCGAGCAUAAUGCGGCAGCACCACACCUGCCAACAGUCUUCUCUACAGAACAGAAAAUUGGGCUAGUUGGUUUGCACUAAGAAUGGUCUUGAGUAGCGCUAACUUCAUGAAACACAAAAGAGCUCUUGGUCUGCGUCUCCCUUCUGACUAGUAUUGUCAGCGAUGGUCACACAGCAUGAUAGCAUGUCUUUACGUAUUUUGUUUAAAUAUGUCAAAAGAUGUGGCCAUUAGGGCUGCAGCUUUGAAAUCCCUCCUGGCAGGAUGGCCUCACGGCAUUGCUGAUAGCAUGUACAACUCUUGGUGGUAUGUUUUGAAUUCUGGAUACCUGUCAACUUUUUUUUGCUGGAUGUGCUAUUUGACGUCCACAGUUUUUCAUGCAAAGGCUGCAACAUAAUUACUCUCUUGACUUAUUCCACUCUGUGAGCUAUCACUCUUGCCAUCCAAGUCUCUGUGAAAGGUUGUUGUUUAUUUUGAUGCUGGGACCUAAUACAGUUGUAGCGUUCUUGAAAACCUUUCUGGGAUGUCAAAAUGAUGCCAAGGGGAGUGCGAAAUCACAAACCAAAACUUUGGUGAAUCCUUGAGCACUUUUAAAUCACAAAUUCUUCUGCUAAGGAAUGACAGACCUUAUAUGAAAUUCUGGAAAGGGGCUUCUUCAUUGAUGAGUUUCAUACAACGAAGGUGUCUAAUCCCAUGCUUUACUAGGAAACAAGGGCAUAUGCUGCUGGCACAAUUCCAUACAUCAGUAAAGAUUGGCGAUGCUCGUUCACUCUUGCACAUCAAUAUAUUCAGAUAUGUACUUAAUGAUCAUUCACAUCCACAUUUAUGGAAUCAGCAUGAGUGAGUGCAUUCACGAAUGUGCUUGCCUGUCACACAUUUAUAAUGCCGACUUUUGAGGCACUUGCACUUGUGGGCAUUCUGUUGCCUUCAGCAUCACGUCUGCUCACUCUCAUAGGAACUUUAGAAGUAGUAUAUCUGAACUUGGUGCUCAUUUACACUCUUUGCUUCCUCACUUCAACCUGUAACCUUCAGCUUUAGAAGCACUUCACAUGCAAGCUCUGUGAUUGAAGUGGUUGCAGUUGCGGCAUGAAGAAGCCCAUUUCCAGAAUUUCUUCAAGAGGUCAUUGUUUUGAGUUAGGCUACAUAUGUUGCCAGCUAUGUGAGCUUUAGUUGAAUUAGUGUUGUCAAGCUCACGUAACAAUGACGGCAGCACAAUUCAUGAUCUGAUUGUUACAUCAUAGCAAUUUCUUUUUUUGCAGAAAAUUUUGCCGGUCAGUUGGAGGGUUUGUGCUGGUGCGUCUAACCUUGUCGCAUUUACUGUGAGUGAAUAAACUGAAGUGAUGACAUUACUUGUUAAUGUUGUGCGGAGUUGACCAUACGUAUUGCUGAGUGUACCAUUAACCACAAAAGUUUUUGAAGCACACAAGACUGAGAAAGAAAAAUGGAAUGUAGCUGCAAAUGCAUCCUUCCUCAAAUCAAAACAUGUAGGGGUGUGCAAAUAGUAAUUUUUGAGACCGAAUUUGGUAUGUGAAUCAAUUCCAAGUAUUAAUUACUUUUGAAUAAUAAACAGCUGUUUUCUCAAUUACUAUAAAACGAUGUCUCUAUCCUAGUAUUCACAACAUCAGCGAAUUUGUCAUUACAUUGCAUGUUAUGUAGCAUUGUUUAUUCAAACAAAUGUAGCUUUAGAAUCAAACAAGCAUUUCGCAUAUUCUGGACUCUGGAGAGUGUGAAAGACCAUUGUCCAGAUGGUAAAGACUGGCUUCUUGAGUGACAUGGCCCGCUCCGCUACACACGUUGUCAUUUUAUGCCUAUACUAUGCCUGCGGAGAUGAAAUGUGGCGUACUUUUGCUCCAAUUUUACGCUGGAUUGCACACAUUGACCUGUCAACGUAUCAGAAAAUAUAUAUUCUUAUGAAUAAUAACUUUUCAAUUUAGACACUGGAUUGAAUAGGCCCCUACUCAAAUAACUGUUUAAUAUUUUCGAAUAUUCACACACCCCUAGUCUGAACGUGGAGUAGGUACUUCACCACAUGAUCACAUAGGGCCGGUUCAGUUGGCACCAGAAUACUCGCACCAUUUCUCACUUUGUAAACUUUGAACAUUCAAGUGUUGCCAUCAUAUAGCUCGACGUGUAGGCAGCAUCAAACCACUAAGCUGAAAGCGACUAAUUUGUUAUAACGAAUACUAUGAAUAAGCGAAGAAACGCGAUGACCGUUGGCCGAUCGCACCAUGUAAGUAUGUUUAAAACAAAGUGCGUAUGGCGCAGAAAAUACACGCCGACAACGAGUCCAUCAGACCCUACGUAACUAUCAAAGCACGCGCACAGUCCGCAGUACGCGGUGUAAGCGGCGGAAAUAUGCAAACGUUGCGGUUGGUUGCCGCCAGCUGCGCGGAUAACGGCUGCGCAACAUCAAGCCGCAUGGCCACGUUUCAAGCCGACAAUAUCCAAAUCCAGAGAUCAAGGAAUAUGGCGACUUGUUUGUUGUCCCCGUACGGCACAGUUUCCGCACCUCUGUAGGUCUUGCAUCACAGUAGAGGUAGCGCAGUUUUUCGGAGCGUAACUAAAGCAUGCACGGCGCCCAGUCCAGCGAUCGCGACAACACCUCGUGAGCGUCGACGGCCAUGCAGUGCGCAGUGACGAAAGGUGCGAAGCCGCCACCGCCACCAGCGUAGUGAAAGCAGCCGCGGCGGCAGCAGUUAUCCACUGGGAGACGGUGUGAUGAUGAUCCGCUAGCGCAGAGGAGCAGCCUCGCUGGGUUUAUCGCCGCCGCGCGCAGCGCUCAUCCUCUCACAGUUCGGCUUGGCAGUGCGCGCGACCCGUCGUUCACCAUGUUCUCGUACGCGUACCGAAUACGGUGCCUGCAGAAACUGCAUUCGGAAGCGUUCAUGGGGCUCAACGCGGUGUGCCUGCCGGACUGCUUGCCCGCCGGCGCCGUCUACCGAUCGAGCCUGCCCGCGACGCCCGUGUCCACGCCGAUCCGCGAGAGCUGGAUCUUCUCCGAACAGCAGCUGCGCGAGCGGCUGUGCAAGACCCCUUCCCCUAGAAAGUGUCGCUUCUUCGACCCUAGGCGGUCCGAGUCCGGGCUCAAUAGCUUCGACAACGAGUGGCUCGACUCGGCUCGGCGGAAGAUGGAGACCGCGAUGGAAGACGACAAGUCCGACGAAACGAGUCCCGAGGACGCGGACAGCGUCAAGGAGAACGAGGCCUUCUACCAGAAGAAACUUUUCGUUGGCAACAUCAGUUAUCGGGUUACAAAGCGUCAACUGCGUGAUUUCUUAAGCAAGUUUGGGAAAGUUGUGGACUGCACCAUUGUACAGGACCACAUCAAACGUUGGCCCAAAGGGUAUGGGUUUGUGACAUUUUCCAAGGUCGAAGAGGCCGAAAAAGCUAGAAAUGCUCCUCCCGACCAGUUGGAGCUUGAUGGCAGGCAACUGCGGCUGCUUCCAGCCAACAAGACAAGGGUAUCCAAAAUUCGAAAAGAGGCCCAGGUGGCUGCUGAGCGAAGGGCCCUUGCUAUAACCAUGGAACCAAUCGAAAAGAGGGAACUGGACGGUGAUGAAGAGUCAGACAUGGAGGCCGACGUGACCCCAGCGACCCCUCCUCCCUCCCCUCGCCGGUCGGUGGACCAUGUGGACGACCUGCCAGAUGACGCCCUGCUCAUGGUGCUCGCCUGGCUUGACAUCAAGUCACGCAUCCGUAUUGAGAGAGUUUGCCAGCGCUGGCGGCGGCUGGCACUCCGUCUCUGGAGGUCCCAGGACAAGCUGUCUUUCUCGGGUGUCUUCUCGAUCUGCGAAGGAAAGCCGCUGACUGUGAGCAUUCUCCGAGCCCUCCUGGUUCGCUGCGGUGAGUCCUUGCGCAGCCUGGACUUGCCCUCUGCUUCACACGCCCUCGACUACAAGGCAGCCGAGGCCAUCAGCAUGCUGUGCCCCAACCUGGAGUACCUGGAUGCGUCUGGUGUGCAGCUGACCAAUGUGUCUGUCCAGCAGCUCGCCCAAAAGUGCCCAAAGCUCAAGACUGUUUUGCUGAAAAGGUGUAGCGACGUUGGGGAGAAAGGGCUUUGGUGGCUUCUUCAUCUGUGCAAGUAUUUAGAACAUUUGGACUUGACUGAAUUGCACAAGCUAUCUGGUCAGUGUUUCCACAUGGCAGGGGUUCGGUUGCGUCGUCUCGUGCUUCGUGGCUGUUCGGGUUUGACUGCAACGGGCCUCUCCAAGAUAGCCACCAAGUGCUGCUUCCUUUCGGAGCUGACACUGAGUGACUGCCUCCAGAUAUCGGACCACGACCUGCUCCUGCUUUGCCAGAACCUGAGGGCGCUAAGGUUGCUCCACCUGUCGGGAUCAUUCCUCAAUUUGACUGGUGACAGUAUUGGUGCCAUUGGCCACUUGCCCCUCUUGGAGGAACUAAAUUUGAGUCACAACAAGGCUGUCAAUGAUGUGGUCAUCGGAGCCAUAUGCGCAGGUUGCACCAAACUGAGGUUUCUGGACAUCACCGGUUGCCACCACGGCAUCACUGACAUUGCGCUAAGCCACCUGUCGCGGUGCCCUGGUCUGCGCCAGCUAAAGCUGAACUACUUGGGACAGAUCACGGAUUCUGGCCUGGGCAGCCUGUCGUGCCAGGGUUUGCUGCACAGCAUCGAACUUCGUGGAUGCCCGCAAGUGUCUGAUGGAGGUGUGCUGAUUCUCGUUGAACUGUGUCGUGAUCUGAGGCUGCUUGACGUCAGUGGCUGUGAGCUUGUGACCAACGCAGCUGUAACUGGUGCCAUAAAUACUGUAGGCGAGCGGUCAAAUGAGCUGACCAUCGUCAUAGGUGGCACACUUGUGGAACCCAACCAUCUUUACCUGGAUCCAACGAGCAAGCUAAAGAUUGAUCGGCAUAAUUUUUGCGUAGAGCUCUACAGGCCAGACAGGCUGGAACGCAUGGCUUAUGAUGAUGACCAUGACUGGGAUGGAGAUCUGGAUGGCUACGAAGGUGACGGUGAAGCUGAAGCGAGGGCCCAUGACUACCUGGAGAAUGAUGAUCCCCUGUAUGAGGAAGAUUACAUCUUGUCAUGAUGCCGCAUUCUGCAGAAUGGAUGACAUGCCUGGGCUGACGUAGGGGAGGUGUAGUUUCGCAGCUGUCCAGAGGUGCUGCGCUCUCUAUCCCUUUUCCACUUUGCUGUCCUCUCCUUUCCACCCACCUAAAGCAUUUUGUGUGCCCCUCCCCCCCCUCCCUUCAUCGCAUAAUAUCGCGUCGACACAGUGUAAAUAGCUUGAGAAAGGGCAUGUGUUUGCACAUCUCUAGAUUUUCCUAGGCAUAUAAUGCUUCUGAGUUUGUUUUCUCUUCAGUUGUAGAAGUUGAAAGCAAUCCCAGUGUCUGCAGUUAAGUGCCGGCCUUUUGUUCCCCCCUUGAUUGUUUGCCAGGAAAAGAAGAUUGUGAUAUAGGUUUAGGCACUUGAAUAGGAUUAGUACUGUUGAGGGACUUUUGCUGUUUUUUGAGUGGUGGACAGUGUACGACGAAGUGUGAGGACCUAGGAGUUUGUUGUAACUUUAUUGUGCCAGUGUGAGCAGAACAGUUGUCGUGUGUUGUGUUAGCAAAAAAACAGGUUCCUUGUUGCCUCUUACUUUUUAGAAUAAAUUAUGUAGCGCGAAAGUUUACUUUUAUAAGAUGUUGCUAGGGUGGCUUCAUAUUUGCUCUUGUUUGAGAGGAAAGUUUAAGGGGUCAGAAUGAUGGAUAUUUCAAUUUUCUCGGUCUUUUCAACAAAAGGCACAAAUUGCUGGCGUUAUUAAGCCGUCGAACAGUCUUCAUGUUCAAGCUGUUCUGUGCCCGCUUCGGAAUGUUGCAAUCAGCUAUGAAGCUGUCCUGCCUCGCCAUCCAUCUGUGCAGGGGGACAGCAUUAGGGCUGUUACAUAAUCAAAUUUACGAAAGUAUGUGUGUUCAUAUUAUUAGGACAUAUAAUUUCAAAGUAAGGACACACAGUUUUGUCUCUAAUUUUUGAAUAUGCAGCUAAGCUGUGUGCUCAUUUCUUAUGUCACCUGCUUCAACAUUAGCAAGCCAAAACUACGCUCACUGUCUUCUGAUGCAAUCUUUCCCAUGACAAAAUGCAGCCAUGCUGUGUUUACUUUCCGCAAUAUACAUACAUACAAACGAGUGUGGUGCUUGCUAGGAUUGUUGCAUGUAUAUCAUUGUUUCCAUUUGGUUCCUAGAGCUUUUCACCACCCAUUUCUCAGAAUGCCCUGUUCUACAAUAGCACCUGACAUAUUGCCACAUAUUUUCUGGAAGAGCAAUGGCUAAGUGCAUAUUUACUGUGACGUAAAAGUGACUGCUUGAAGUACACUGUUAAUAGCCCACAUUCAUCGGCAAUUGAAGACGUUUGGAAAUCUGACUUCUUUUCCUUUCACAAAGAUUGCUGGAACUAGGAAGCACCGCUUGGAGCUUGUUGCAGAGGCCACAGAUGCAAACGGCAAAACCUAGAGAAACAACACGUAUAGAUGAAAAGGACCCUCCAAACACAUCACAAUUUCUCACACAGCUUCAUUUAAGAUUGCAGCAUUACAAAUGGUGUUUUCGAGUGUUUUGUGCAACGCUGAUAUCUGCAUUUCCAGACUGUGCUUUUUUGUUGUGGGUGUAAUGUCUGGCUAACCCCUGUGUGGUGGCAGCCGCUGUUGAGAAGAGUUGUUGACUGCUGUACACAAUGCUCUAUUUUUCUCUGUCCUUGUUGUUUGCAGCAGCUGCAAAUAGAAGAAAAGUAUAAUGAGUAAAGGUGGGCGGCUUGCCCAUUCUUUGUUGA